UGUCAACGCCCUAGAUAAUCGUCUGUCCCAGAUGGAAACCACCGUAGUGGCCACUCAAAGCUUGGCUAGUCUGGACCACGGUCUCGGUACUGAGCUCAACCCCGCUUCCUCCUGUCUUCUCAUCAAACAGAACAACCCCUCCAGCCAGGACGGUGCCUACUUCCUUAUCGGGAAGGACGGAACCAUCUACCAGACCUACUGCGACAUGACCACGGCCGGAGGCGGCUGGACGCUGGUCUCCAGCGUGCACGAGGACGAUGUGUAUGGUGAGUGUACGGCCGGGGAUCGGUGGUCCAGCACCCGAGGGAACAACAUCAACUACCCCGGUGGAGAUGGCAACUGGGCCAACGUGCACACAUUCGGCUCCAUGGGGUCGGCCACCACCGACGACUACAAGAACCCGGGCUACUUCAGCAUCAGCGCCUCCAACGUCAUGCUGUGGCACGUACCGAACAACGUGCCGCCAAAAGAGUACAAAACCGCCGCCUACCUACGGUACCGCACCGCCACCGGUUUCCUGGAUAGCUACGGAGGCAAUCUGUACUCGCUGUUCAAAGAUCACUUCCCCAUUGGCUACAACUUGGGUACGUACACCCACGACAACGGUCCGGCCAUCCCUAUUGUGUACGAACAGGGCAGUAAUCAUCUGGUGCAGUCACUGUUACCCCCGAACGUGGUGUCACAAAGUGAAGCCGUCCCCGGGUUCGUGCAUUUUCGGGUCUUCACCAACAAUGGAGGGUCCCUGGCUGUUUGUCCAGGUGUCAACUACGUUGGACCGAACGCAGAGACAGUGUGCAUUGGGGGAGGGGGCUAUUGGGCUGAAGGUGCAUAUCAUUGCGGUGACUUCCCACUUAAGGACUACAACGGCCACGGCACAGGUACGGAAUGGAGUGCAAGCCAACUUGUCACCGAGUCCGUCAUCAUGUUCUUCUAUCGCUGAAAGUUCAAAGACACAUUUCAAGAUUCACUCAAAGUAAUCCCAAUACUUGGAAGGAACAAAUUUCCAACCUGGAGGAUAUGUUCCUGUAAUUGUCACAAGAAGGUAAUAAAUGUAUACAGUUUG